GGGAUCAGGUUUCUGGACCAACUCGGACAAGGCGCAAGUCGAUGGCCCCGGGCAUCGUCACGACUCUUGCUGUAGCUCUAGUCUGUUCAUAUGGGGUAUCUGCUCUCGACAAUGGCGUCGCAAGACUUCCUUCUAUGGGAUAUAAUACGUGGUAUGCAUACCAGUGCAAUAUCGAUCAAGACUUGAUUAUUACGACCGCAAAAUUGAUGCAGUCUCUUGGGCUUCAGGACGCUGGCUACGAAUUUAUUAACCUUGAUGACUGCUGGGCAGAGAAGAAUCGCAGCGAAUCGGGAGACCUCGUCCCUGAUAAAACGCGCUUCAGCUCCGGAUUCAACUGGUUGACAGAUCAAGUCCAUUCAAUGGGAUUCAAAUCCGGAAUAUAUUCGGAUUCUGGAUGGUUCACGUGCGCGGGGUACCCUGGCUCCUUUGAGAAUGAGGCACGGGAUGCGAAGACGUUCCAAGAUUGGGGAUUUAACUUUUUGAAGUACGAUAAUUGCGCAAUCCCAUACGACGAUAUUUUGCGCCAGAAUACAAUGGGAAAGUUUCAGCGGAUGGCCGAUGCAAUCGCCGACCUUGCCAAGUCAUCCGGGAAGCCACCAUUGGUUUUCAACCUAUGCGAGUGGGGUUGGAGCCAAGUCUGGCUUUGGGGAAAGAAUCUUGGCCAAAGUUGGCGAACAGUGAAUGAUAUCGGUCCGACUUGGCCUUUAUUGACCAACACGAUCAAUUUUAACUCUUUCAUUACGAUGGCAACUGAUUUUAACGGUCACAACGAUUUGGACUAUCUUCAAAUAGGCAACGGCGGGCUGACGUUCGAUGAGGCAAAAUCACAUUUCACUGCCUGGGCAUUAAUGAAGUCACCACUUUUCAUAAGCACAAACCUUUCUGCCUUGGAUCUUAGUCUCCUGGAAAUUAUGAAAAACCGCGAGCUGAUAGCGAUUAAUCAAGACCCCGUUGUGGGAAUGAGUAUUUCGCCGUUCCGAUGGGGUGUUAACCCCGAUUGGACGAACGAUCCGAAUAACCCUGCGGGAUAUUGGAGUGGACCGACGCAAAACGGCACAAUUGUCAUGCUUUUGAACACUCUCGAUCAGCCAACGGAUAUGUACUUCAAUCUGACGGAAUCACCGUGGAUUAGAGCUGGCAGACAGUAUUCAGUUCGUGAUCUCUGGUCGCACACGGAUAACGGAACGGCGGUCCGGAACUUUACUGCAACAGACGUCCCUGCGCAUGGUGUAGUCGCGUUAUUGCUGAAGGAUGCGGGUGAUGAACCACCUGGGCUCGAACCGAAAUGCGAGGUCUGGAUCCAAUGUACCGACCAGAAUGGAACUAGGGUUGGCGGGUGAAUGCUACCAUGAAACGUGUUGGACUGGUUUAUGAUGAUCGAAGCUAUGAACAUCAUGAAAUGUAACUGCGGGAGUUUGAUUGUUGUCAAUGUCUAUUUCGUUACUAUUUUGCUAUAACAGACUUUGUG